GUGCAACAAAUGUUUUUGGAAGUGUUGGGAAAGUAAAUGUCGAGAGUUGGCAUUGCUGCAUGACUUUGUGUGGACAUAAUGGUGAUGUCCUGGAUAUGGCAUGGUCUCCACAUGAUGCGUGGCUUGCGUCUUGUUCUAUUGACAACACAGUGAUUGUGUGGAAUGCUCUUAAGAUGCCAGAAAUGGUAGCAGUACUGAAAGGUCAUUCUGGACUAGUGAAGGGUGUUGCAUGGGAUCCUGUAGGCAAAUAUAUGGCUUCACAAUCUGAUGACAAGACAUUGAGGCGCUUCAAUUCCAACAUUCUGCAGAAACAAUAUCAUUCUUCAUCGAAGCCUCAGCAGUACUGCUGUUGUGCAAUUGGUUCUCGAGAUCGAUCGUUAUCAGUAUGGCUUACAGCACUCAAACGACCUCUUGUUGUGUUGCACGAGUUGUUUACUAAUUCUGUGCUUGAUCUGUCAUGGAGCUGUACAGGUCUGCAGUUGAUGGCUUGUUCAUGGGAUGGAACUGUUGCUUUUGUAGAGUUCUCAGAAGAUGAACUUGGGAAACCACUUACAAUGGAAGAGAAGACAAUGCUUCAUGAGCACAUGUAUGGCAAGUCACUAUCAGCUGCCAGUGGUGCAGGUGCAGGUGUGGUGGAGACACCAGAGUUGCUUGCUGUCCGGGAGAAGGCAGAAAAAGCUGCAGCAGAGAAAGUGGCAGCAGACACUCGGCAGACUAACGGAUCACUGGAACAGCCAGCUGCUUCUGUAUCCCAGCCUUCAACACCUCUUAAGGGCCCCACCAAUAAACAGAUAGAGACUCGUACUUCAGAUGGAAAGAGAAGAAUAACACCUAUGUACAUACCUCCUGCACCAGAUGCUGGUGAUAUUGUUAUUAAAAUAAAUUUUUUGUAUUUUCCUCACAAGGAUGGGCCUCGCCCUUUUGGGUUGGCAAUUACUGGUAGUGCACACCAGCCAACAUUUAGCAGUUCCUCUGAGACCAAAAGUCGUAUUAUGACUGAAAAACGGGAUGAUGUGGUGCGGCCAAAUGUUAGUAGCAGUGGAGGAACUCCUGGUUCCAGCAAAUCUUGUGAUGGCACACCAAGCCCUGCUGGAAGUACACCUGUCAAAGGUGUUCAGGCAGAUAAUAGCCUAGCUGGAACCCAAGUAGUUAUCGGAGUAACUGACAACAAGCAUCGCUCAACAAGCAAUGCAGAAACGAAACUGGAGCUGCAGAAAGUAGAAGGCAGUGCACCAGUUGCUGCAAAGAGACGGCUGGAUAGGGAGCCAUUGGGAGGGAAGGGGAAGCGGAUGCGUCUGUUACCACCAGCUGAUAGCAAACCAGCACCAUAA